AUGUGUCUCGUUUUCCUGGCCCUUCUCUUCUUCCUUCUUGCCUUUUAUUCCCCCCCAUACCUUUUUCCGUCCGUCGAGGGCUCACGGUUGUGUCCACACCAGUGCCUUUGUUACGAGCACGCUGACCUGGUGGACUGCCGUGGCCGUGGGUUCGAGCACGUUCCCAGGGGCCUCCCACACGGCACAUGGCUGCUGGAGCUGGGAGGAAACAAUCUGAGCGAGAUUGGCACCCGAGCCUUCAUUGGACUGUGGUCGCUGCGGGUGCUGCUGCUGACCAACAGCCAGAUACAAGAAAUACAGCCGCAGGCUUUUUUCUCUUUGUCCUUCCUGGAGAAGCUGGACCUCAGCUGGAACCAGUUAACGUUUCUCCCUGUCGACUUCUCAGCCAGUCUGUCUGCGCUCAGAGAGCUGCGACUGGAGCACAACAACUUGCAGCACCUGUCUGAGUACAGCUUGGAGUACCUGGACAGCAUUGAGAAGCUGGACCUCAGUCAUAACCAGCUGGUGAUGGUCGGCUCUGGUGUGUUCAGGGGCCUCUCCAGGCUAAGACAGCUGUACCUACACAACAACAGACUGACUGUGGUGCAGCAGGGGAGUUUGGAUAUGCUGCCUGGACUAGAGGUGCUCCAGCUGAGUAACAAUAACAUCUCCCGGAUAGACAAUGAUGCUCUAGCUCCUCUCUACAGCCUGGCAGUCCUCAAUCUGGAGGGAAACAACCUGCAUCACCUCAAGUUUAAGACCUUCAUCAGCCUUCACACGACAGCUACACACAUCCAGUUGUCAGGCAACCCGUGGAGCUGUGACUGCGAGCUGCAUCGUGUCUUCAGUAAGAUCUUGCAUGUUCGCCACCUCCACAUCGAUGACUACCGCAACGUGACGUGCAAGGACCCCCCGCAGCUGGCCGGGGCUUCGCUGGCCUGGGUCGAUAGCCAGCUCUGCAUCGCAGAAACAGCCACCGUGCUCGUCAUCACUGUCACUGUGCUGGUCACCGUGGUGGCAGCUUUGGUGAUGGCAGAGAGGAACAGGAAGAGGAACCAAGGGAAGAACUGGGACUCUGAGUCGCAGACGCAAACGUAGAGGGCACCAUCCAGAGAGUCUGCAUGAUAAACAGCGAGAGAAUGAAGAGACCUAACAACAUGGAGACUCUGUGAGAGU